CUCUCACCUUUCAAGGGGCACGACUAGUCCAGGGAGAGCUAAACCGAGCAGAAGCACGACAAGUUGUCGUAGCGCUUCACCACUUGCAGAUGGCUGCAUUGACCCCUCUGCUUCGAUGGGGAAUCAAGUCGGAGAUGAGGUCCCGACCUCUCGUGAAGUCUUAUGGGAUGCCUGCCGCAUCGCUCUGAUUAGAAGCCGAAGGUGUCCAUCAAAAUAUGUCGAUCUGAUUGUUGAAGUCCUUGAUGAUGGUUUGGACGACGCGGCUCAACAUUUCGCAACUAAAGGAGACCUGCAGACUAUGCAAAUACUUCAAGAUGAUCACCUUUCAGACUUGAAGUCUGUAGUAGAGAGGAGUUUGAAAUUUCGUUAUUCUAUCUUGCAUGAUGAGAAUGGGGGAUUUCUCCGUGAGUUGGAACACAGGAUUUGGAAGACUUCAUCAUGAUAUAGAGAUGAAGAUCAUUGCAGUGAAGUUAGACUGCAUAUCCAAAUGCAACGCGGCAAGACACGACGCGAUUAAAUUCAGUUUGGGCACUCUUGCUGCUGCUGCUGCAGUAACAGUGCUUGUGGCAACUGUGGCUGACUGAGAUUG